AUGUCAGGUGAAAUAACAGGCAGUGAGGUGAUUACGGAGCCAACGAAAGAUCAAACGGCUGUAAUAGAUGGUCAUGAUAAACUGGCUCCUUCAGUGCUAAAAGGUGGAAGAGAACAUAAGGCAAGUGCAAAUAUUUCCGAUGAAAGAGCUGCCAAGUUUGGCCAGGGAGAGUCAACCAGAGAAGCCGUUGACGCUUCCUACGUAGGUUGGAAGCAAAUAGGUGGAUGGCAGGAGAGUGAUCAGCUCACUGACGCUGACGAGUUGGCCGAUUUAUCCAAAGAUACCUAUCUUAAUAAUAUUAUUCCAGACAAGUUUUAUGGUGACUGGUACCACUGUUUGGGUCUUAUUUUGAUUGGAGGAAUAUUCUCCUUUCUUAUUGGGUUUUUCAAAUUUUCAUUCGCACCCGUGUUCCCUAUUGCGUUAAUCACUUCGUUGCUUUAUAGAACGUCGUCGAUUGCUUACAGGGCAACACUUAGAAAUCAGGUUCAAAAGGAACUGACCGUGCAGAAGAUCGAGGACGACUAUGAAAGUCUGGAGUGGCUCAAUACAUUUUUGGACAAGUAUUGGCCACGUUUGGAGCCCACUGUAUCGCAAAUGGUUACCGGAGAGGUCAAUCAAGUAUUGCAAACUAAUCCUGCCAUACCUGCAUUCAUCAAAGCGAUAUGGAUUGAUCAAUUUACCUUGGGUGUCAAGGCGCCAAGAAUAGAAGCCGUGAAGACGUUUCAAAAUACGAAUUCUGACGUGGUCGUUAUGGAUUGGGUACUUUCCUUUACUCCUCAUGAUCUAUCUGAUGUGAAUGCGAAACAGUUAAGAAACUACGUUAAUCAAAAGGUAGUUGUGAAGGCAAAAUUAUUUGGCUUGACCAUUCCUGUUUACCUAUCAAAUAUUUCUUUCAAAGUGGAGACAAGGGUUCGCUUUAAGUUAAUGACCCCUUUCCCACAUGUUGAGACUGUGAAUUUUCAAUUAUUGAAAAUCCCCGAUAUUGAUUUUGUUGCCAAAGUACUUGGUGACUUUUUAUUCAACUGGGAAGUUAUGUCUAUUCCAGGCUUGCUACCAGCAGUCAAGAAAUUGGCACAAGUUUAUGCAGGUAAUAUGGUAUUACCUCCAUUUUCUCUUCAGUUCAAUGUUCCUCAAUUGUUAUCAGGAUCUGCAGUAUCCAUGGGUGUCCUUGAGAUUACUAUCAAGAAUGUUCGCGGAUUGAAUCGCUCAACGGGAUUACUAGUAAAGUCUAUCGAUCCAUACCUAACUUUUGAGUUAGGAGGCAAAAUCGUUGGUCAUACUAGGACUGUCAGAGAUACUUUGAAUCCUGUGUGGGACGAGACAAUUUAUAUUCUGUUGAAUGCAUUUACCGAUCCUUUAACAAUUUCAAUAUACGAUAAGAGAGAAAAAUUGAAAGAUAAAUUGAUGGGCAUUAUCGAAUAUAAUUUGACAAUUUUGCAAAAGAAAGCAUACCAUAAGAACCUGAAGGCAAACUUCCUGAGAAAUUCGAAGCCCGUUGGUUUAUUGAACUUUGAUAUGCGUUUCUUCCCAACUUUGGAAGCUAAGAAAUUACCUGAUGGAACUGUUGAGGCUCAACCUGAAUUCAAUACUGGUAUUACGAAGAUCACUAUUGAAGAAGCUCGUGGACUAGCAGAUGUUGACGAAAAAGUAUCUGCCUAUGUGGAGCUCUACGUUAAUGCAAAACUAGUUCUCACUACAAGUAAAGCGGCCAGUAAAAAUGUUCUAUCCUGGAACCAAGGCUAUGAAGCGGUAAUUAUGGACCGUAGUAAAACAAGAUGCCGGAUCGUAAUUAAAGAUGAUAAAGGCGAAACAAUUUCAGCUGCAACCCAUUCGCUAAACGAUUUGGUGGACCGCACGCAAAGUGAUAAAAAAGCAAUUCCCUUGCAAUCGUCUAAAGGUUUGAUAAGCGUUUCCACUAUUUGGAAACCCGUCGAUUUGGAUGUUGGAAACAAUGCGGUUGCCUACACACCGCCAAUUGGUGUGUUGAGAAUUUUGCUAAACAAGGCAGAAAACUUGAGAAACCUCGAAAAGGUGGGGAAGAUCGAUCCUUAUGCUAGAGUUUUAGUAAACGGAUCGGUCAAAGGCAGAACUACCCCACGUUCCCAGACCUUGCAUCCUGUGUGGAACCAAGCUGUUUAUGUGGCUGUAACUUCUACUAACCAGAAAGUCUCAAUUGAAGUUAUGGAUGUCGAAACUGUUAAGGAGGAUCGUACUCUUGGAACUUUUGAUUUGGAGCUGGAUGACUUAUUUCAAAAAGGUGCAGAUGAUAGGUACAUCGAAACAAUUGACGAUGAUCCUCGAUCUGGCCGGUUAGUUUCUAAAAAGGGAGCAAAGGGCACUGUAACAUAUUAUGUUUCAUUCUACCCUGCUUUGCCUAUUCUCAGCUUAGAAGAAAUUGAAGAAUUAGGGCAAGUUCAUGACAAGAGAAGUAAAUUUGAAGAACGUCUCAAGGAGCAGAAGGGCAAGAAAUUGUCAAAGAAAGAGCAGGAAGAGCAGGAUGAAGAGGAAAUGCUGAUCAAAGAUAUUGAGAGUCUGUAUAAUAAUAAAAUGAAACUUGAUUUCAAUGAGUUAUUGCAAUAUAAGUCUGGUGUUUUUGCUGCCUCUAUACUCAGUGGAGAGGUGUCUCAAACAGGGCUGUACGUUCAAGCAUUUUUUGAUGGUGCAGGUGAACCUAGAAUCACUAGCAAUAAGAUUGCUACAAGAAGUAUUCAUACAGGUUGGACAGGUGAUGUUAUGAUCAAAGAAUUAGAGUAUUCUGUUACCACUUUCAGGGUGACAAAAGAUAAAGAUGCUAAUAAAGCUGAAGAUUGUAUUUGUGAAGUUGUUAUUCCCACCAUUGAGCUCAUUAAAAACUGUUACUUUAAACCGUCAAUCUUGACAUUAACUGGUGUUGGAUCUGCAAAACUAAUGCUUCAAGCGUCUUGGUUCCCUAUUGGAGUAUCCAAACUGCCUCAGGCCGAUUUAAUCACAAAUUCUGGUGACUUAAAAAUCAUAGCAAAGAGCGCUGAAAGGCUGAUUUCAGCAGAUACAAAUGGAUUUUCAGAUCCAUUUUUGAAAUUCUACUUGAACGACCAAAAGGAAGCCGUUUUCAAGACUAAGCAUCAAAAGAAGACUCUUGAUCCGACUUGGAAUGAGUCCAAAACUAUAGAAAUCCAUAAUCGUGUCAAUGAUUACUUACGUAUAAAGGUCAUGGACUGGGAUGCUGCAAAUAAAAAUGAUCAAAUUGGUUACGCGAUUUUGCCCUUAUCAAAAGUCGAUCCUGAGAACCAAACAGAUCUGGAAAUCGCAGUUGUAGGGGAAGAGGGUGAAGACGGAGGUGUUUUGCACCUCUCAUUCGAGUUUUCCCCAAGAUACACCCUCAAUGUCUUAAAAUCUGAAAAGAAAGUGGGAGACAUCGCGCAACAGGGGUUAGGAACUGGUCUAAAGGUGGGCACAACCGUGGUUGGUGCUGGUUUUGGAACAAUUGGCAAACUUGGCAGAACUAUGUUUGGUGGCAAGAAAAAUCAUUACGUUGCGCAAGGUGUUUACAACAAUGCUAUCUGA